AUGACAAGUGGCGAUCCGCCCGAGAUCUACCCACAGUAUUGCUUUCAUCUGUCGCCGACGAUACACCGGUGGUGCCACCUUCGAGCGGCCGACGUUGCGGCGUUGACUACGCAUCCCGGGUUUGAAGGGCAGGAUCUAUAUUUCCAUAUCAAUCAUCCCAUAAAAUGGGUCCGCAUAGCGGGCGUCAUCGUCGCCAUCGACGAAUACAACAGCCGCCGCAUCUACACGGUGGAUGACGGCAGUGGGGUGAACUUGGAAUGUGUCACUAUCGUUGCGGUGCCUAAACCGACAGCAGGUGGAGUCGCUGCUGGCAUUGCUGCUACUUCUACUACUACGCUUGCAUAUGGGGCCUUCCAGCCCCGUCAGCACACAAACCCUCGCAUACCCAACGACCUCGACGUCGGGCAGGUGGUCGAGGUCAAGGGCGGCGUGUCGACGUUUCGCGGCGCGCGGCAGAUCAAGGUCGAGAGCGUCGUGGUGCUGCGCUCGACGCGGCAGGAGGUAGAAUUCUGGCGCAGGACCACGGAGCUGCGCGACACGGUGCUGGCGCGCCCCUGGACCCUGCGCAGGAGGGAUGUGCGGAGGUGUCGGAAGGAGGCUGAGGCCGAGGACCUCGCGGGACGGCGGGGUAAGGACGGGAAGAGGAGGAAGCGAGCGGAGACGGCCGAGGCUGAGGACGAUGGCCCGAAGAGAAGGGUUACGGGGUUGGAACCUGCCUCCAGGCGGGCAGUGGCGGCUGGGGCUGCUGGCUGUGCUGGUUCCACGUCACGAAGAAUCACUGGAUUGGAACCCGCUUCAAGGAUGCCGGUUAUCAGAAACACUGGGCUAGAGCAUGCUUCGAGGACGCCGGUUAUCAGGGACACUGCCGAUGAUGUUGCAACAUCGAGUAGAACCUCAAAGUCAGAGCCCGCUUCCACGUUGCGGAGAAUCACUGGGUUGGAACCCGCUUCGAAAAUGCCAGUUUCCAGGCCUACAGGAUUAGAGCCCGCUUCGAGAACACCGGCCGGUAACGUUACCAGCGCUGGUACUCAAAAAUCACAGACGGGCCUGGCGUCUAUGCCAAGGACAACGGCUGGCGACGGGACUGGCGAUCGCGUUUCGGCGAAAAGGUUCACGGGUCUGGAGCCCGCUUCAGGCAGGCUGACUAGUGGUGCUACUGGAAAUGGCGCUCCGCCGAAAAGAAUCACGGGCUUGGAGCCAGCUGCCAGAACUACCCCUAGUAAUGCGGUGCCAAGGCCCAAGAGGAUCACUGGAUUGGAGAGCAGAACCAAACACCGCUGA